AUGAAGUUAUUGUGGUUGUUAUCAUCAUCUUCAGUGCUACUAUGUGUCUCUGCCAGUAACUCUUGCAGCUCCAGUUCUGACUGUGGAGGAGAAGAUGAAUUUUGCUCUAGCAAGAGUUUUACCUGUGAAGUUGCCACUUGUGUGAAUUGGGCGUCUGGUCCUCCUGCGGGAGAAACGCCGUUUAGUGAAGAACCCUGUAUUGCCGAAGGUGCGCCAGCGGGAAGUGCCUUUUGCGGUUGGGAUGGAAGUUGCUACACUUAUACGUGUGACAAUUGGUACAAGUACGGACCCGUCGAGUACACCAGCCACGAUGUCACCAAUCCCGUGCGAUUGGACUGUCAAGACUACACCACUGGCGCUGCCGAUAAUAUGAACUCGGUCGUCUUUGGAUGUCGACCCUACCAGCCGGGCAGCAAAGCCCCCGAAGGCAAGACAUGGACGCAUUUCUUUAACCAAAAAUGUACCGCCAAACCACACCCCGACAAUAAUGAUGAAUUCAUUUGCUACCAAAACAACAUUGCCAGAACCGACUAUACUGAUUUUUUGGGAGAAGUUUCACGCAUCAAUCAAAAUUCCUGUGACAGAGAAACAUACGACAAUGAACAGCCACUCUACUGGUAUAUUGUACAGGUACAGCAGGAACGAAGGGGAGUCAUCACCAAACACUUACAUGGAAGAGACAAUACUGCCAGCUCCACUUCCUUUGAUGCCAGUGAAGCUGACAAAACCAUGUUUGCCAGACUCAUUAGUAAUACUGAUCCAAUCACACAACCCACUCUGGGAUCGGCUGCUUCGCCCGCUUCGUCAUCAGAUGCAGCAGCAACAACCAAUAAAAACAAAGGAUUCGGGUGGACAUCGAUCUUGGCAGCAGCUGGUGCUCUGGCCUUCCUGGGCAUUUAG